AUGGCUCAACCUCCCCAGCCUACUAGCAACGACCCUCUGCACUGUGACUUAGGGGAUAAGUAUAUCAAUAUCGAUGGCCGGUUCGAUCAGGCUGAAAGAAGGGAAAUCGAUGCACAACCUAUGGUAUCGUCGAUUUUGGCUCUGGGAGAAGCUGGCGUUUUCCGUUUACCGAUUACGAGAACGACUAUUGGAUGGGAUUUUAGAUUUUCCUACGAGUCUGCUCACAAAUAUGAUCGCCAAGCCGUUCUCACACCUAAUCAUCGAGUACAACACUCGCCAGUCUCACACGGCAUUAAGAACAAGCGAUAUCCAGGUGAUAGAAAUAGUGCAUCUGGAUUAUGGGAUAUCUUUAAUGCCGAGAAGAGCUAUCGCGGCGACAAUGACAUCGUCUUCUGGAGCAUCUACACCACGCCCGUCAGCAUCGGCAACCCAUCACUCAAACUCAAUGCCGUUGUCGACACUAGCUGGGGGCCUCUUUUCAUCCCCUCCGCCAACUGCACCUACGAUGAUUACGAGAAAGACCAUUGUCUUGUUCAUCCACUUUACAACUCGUCGUUGUCAUCAACCUACCGCGAAAAUCUUACCGCUACCAAGCUUGCGUACUGGAGCUACUCAGGAGUAUAUACAAAAGGCAGUAUUUCCCUAGAUAGCCUGCAUGUAGGAGACCUGGAAAUAAAAGAGCAAGAGUUUGAAGAAGCAACGUGGUGGCGUGCAGGAUAUCUGACGCGCGACGAUCUUUUUGAUGCUGUGCUUGGUCUUGCACUCCAUCGCACAUUCGAUGAAUGGGGCAAUUUUAGUGCGCCAAGUCCAUUCCAGAACAUGGUUGAUCAAGAGCUCUUAGACGAGGAUCUGUUCACGCUACAGCUCCCACGGACCGAUCACGAGAGAGGAGAGAUCACUCUGGGCGGCCUACCCGAGAACGUAACCUGCAACAAGUUCAUAGACGUACCAUUAGACCACAGCAAAGAUAGCUCUGGUGACCGUUUCUGGGAUUUCUACCCUUCGAACGGAUGGAAAAUCUCCGUUCAGAAUAUCUCUAUGUGCUACGACUGCCCUUACACCACGCGACCAAUUCUUACCGAAGAGCACAUCGCGAUCAUUUCAUCUUCUCACCCCUACAUUUCUCUCCCAAGCGAAGUUGCGAAAAAGGCCAAUGAAUAUAUCGGCCUGAAAGAGAUGAUGGACUGGAUUGACUGCGAGGAUCGAUCGAGCUUGUUAGACUUGAUGUUCACGUUUGGGCCAAAUGGCGAAAGUAUUACGUUAACGCCUUGGGACUAUUUGAUCGAGGUGUAUGAUGAUUUAUAUGAACAGUUGAAGUGCGUUUCUGCGUUUCAGAAUUUAGAGGGUUAUGGGGAGCAAGGGUUUAUUAUUUUGGGAGCGCCGUUUUUGAAUGGGGUGUAUAGUGUGUGGGAUGCUGAGAGGGAGUAUAUUUCGUUUGGGAAUCGGCCGAUGUGAAUGGAUGGGUUAUAUUCACGAGACGCU